GACGUAUUAACUAUUGUUUUAGUCUGUGCGACGCUUGUUCUUAUUUUUGUCCGUCAAGUUCAGUGUUUGUGGUAAAACUUUGUAUCGUUUUGGAAGUUUAACUACGUUGAAGUCGAAAGGACAGUACAAAUGUCUUCUUUUGAAGAAUGGACAGUCACAUGUAACGGGCUGUAGGCCUCUGUCCGUGAUUUCUGGAAUAAAACGGACGAAUUUCCCUUCAUCACGAUUCAUUCAUGCCUGCUUUGAUUAAAAGGGACCGUUGUUGUGGCAGCUGGACAGAGACACUUGCAAUAGUGUUUGUUAUGAAAUCCUGGUCUUGAUGUGUGUUUAAAGUUCAGGAUCAGACUUUAGUGGGUAUUUGUGUCUGAAUCUCCACCAUGGCUUCUCUGAAAGCUCUGCAGGACUGGUGCAGGAUCCAGUGUGAGAGUUACACUGAUGUGGACAUUAAAAACAUGUCUUCAUCCUUUAGAGACGGACUGGCAUUCUGUGCCAUCAUCCACCGACACAGACCUGAUCUCAUAGAUUUUGACUCCCUCUCAAAAGAAAAUGUCUUUGAGAACAACCGUCUGGCAUUUGAGGUUGCUGAGAGUGAGUUGGGAAUUCCAGCUUUGCUGGAUCCGGAAGACAUGGUGUCCAUGAGUGUGCCUGACAGAUUGAGCAUCAUUACCUACGUCUCUCAGUACUACAACUUCUUCACCAACAAAUCUCACGCCAACCCCAUACGCAUGAAAAAACCUGUUGGUCCAGGAACCAUUGUAGCAGCAGUGAAGAGACCAUCUUCAGAGGGACUCUGUGCCACUCAGACAGAGUUGGGUGCAGAUAGCCAAUCAAAACGCUGCACUCUGAGCAGCACCUGCUCCGUCUGUGGAAAGCAUGUUCACCUGGUUCAGAGGUGCAUCGUUGACAGCCGACUUUACCAUCGGAACUGCUUCAGAUGUAGAGAAUGUAGCAGCACUUUACUUCCUGGCUCCUACAAGUUUACAGAGGAUGCAGACUCAUUAGUUUGCACACAUCACUUCACAAAGUCUGCUUCCACCAAUCAGAAUGGCAGUCCGGAAAUGAGAAGGCAACUGGUUCAUAAAAUCUCAAAAAGCCCCAAAAAUCUACACAAUAGCAGUCACGAUUCUAAAGCAUUACUCAGUGAUGGUCAGUUCACUCCAGAGGGAGAAGAAGUAACGUAUAGAGAAACACAGCCAGGUAGCAUCUUAAUGGACAAGACACAGCCUUGUUCCUCCAGUCCACCAAAUCCUUUUUAUGAACCUGAAGACGAGGAUCAACACACAAAGCAGGAAGAUGACCACAAGCCAGAGGCUGAUGUUGACAAUUUCGACAUUCCCUCAACUCCAGUGAAGAGUACAGCAGCAGAGAUUCGACAGGUACCAGCGCCUAGGCAGGUGUUUAAACCCACCCCUGUCCCUAGGUCACGCCCACCCAGAACCUCUGAAAGCCCUACAGCCAAUGGAGAUCCUGACACUCAUAGUCGAUUUGUUCCUGUACCAAGAGAACGAAUGCACUCACCUGCUGGAUCUAGCAAAGUCAGUGACACUCUUAAACCAAAAGACCCACCCUGGUUAGUUCUUGUCCAACCAGAACCCAAAAAGAAAGCACCACCUCCCCCACCCUCAGGUAUAGCCACACCUCCCUACUCUGCCUCAACCCCUCUUCUAAAAGAGCAGAAAUCCAGACCAGCCACACCUCCUAAUCCCUUUGAUGAUGAUAAUGAGGAGGAGGAGGAGGAGGGGCCAGAAAUGGGUUCCAAAGAUUCCCCAGGUCCUGUGGUUGCUUGUCAUCCUUGGUAUGGUAUCACUGAGGCUGCUGAAGUCACAGGUGCGGACACCAGCAGAAAAAGUCCUGGCCCUGAGAGUCCAGUCAGUGUCCAAAAAAAGAAGCGGCCAGCACCCAGAGCUCCAAAGUCUUCUCCAUCAGCACUUCCUUCAUCUCAGUCUUCCUCUCCUGCUCCGUCUCUAGCUCUGAGCACAGAAAGCCUCUCUUCCUCAGACAACAGUGCAGUCUUCCAGCAGCUUACCGCUAAUGAACAGGAGCACUUGUUCACAAAGAGCGUGUCUGAACCCUCAAUCAACAUUGCUGAUACUGCUUCCUCCCCGAAAACGGAGCUCCAGCCUCGCCAUUCUCCGAACCUGUCCCCUCCACCACUGCCUACCAAUACCAGCUCAGCACCAGCCACUCCUCAGACCAAUCGCUGUAUGAGAUCGGUCCCACCCCGCCCCUCUGCAGGGCGAAAUCCAUCACCCUCUUUACAGACGCCCAGCAUUCCAGGCAAGCGCACAUGUAAAGAGAAUCCAUUCAAUCGGAAGACCGGCCCUUCAGUCAGCUCUCCUGUGUCUAGACCCCCAAAAGGGCCGCGUCCUGCACGACCCCCUGCUCCUGGUCAUGGAUUUCCUCUCAUUAAACGCAAGGUCCAGUCAGACCAGUAUAUCCCAGUAGAAGACAUCCAUAUUGAGAUGAGUGACCUAGAGAAACGGUUGAAUGAACUUGAGCAGAGAGGGGUGGAUCUGGAGAAGAGCUUACGUGACUGUUCAGAUGAUGAUAAAGAGGAACAUCUGCUGGUUGACUGGUUCUCUCUGAUUCAUGAGAAACACAUGUUGGUGCGGAAAGAGGCUGAGCUGGUCUACACAGCUAAGCAGCAGAACCUGGAGGAGAGGCAGGCCGAUGUGGAAUAUGAGCUAAGAUGUUUGCUCAACAAGCCAGAGAAAGAAUGGACGGCAGAUGACAAAGACAGGGAGAAUCAGCUGAUGGCAGAGCUUGUCACUAUUAUUGAGCGGAGAAACCAGAUUGUUAACAGCAUAGAUCAGGACAGACAAAGGGAGGAGGAAGAAGACAAACUAGUAGCUGCUAUGCUGAAGAAAAAAGAUUUUCAUGCAGAUAGAGAGCAAAAGAAGAAGGCAGCAAAGUUUAAGCCCAUUAAGGUUCUGAAGAGGCUGAGCACCAAAAGUGUUGUGAAGGAUGACGGAGGCAAAAAAGAAAACAGUUGAAGUGGGAAUGGAGAACGAGAGAGAGAGAGAGACGCAGACUUUCUACAUUAUAUCUCCUCAACUCUCAUGUUUAUCUUACUUUUAAAAAAGUGCCAGUCAUGUUCAAGUUGCCUUUGAUGUUGUAGCUGCAAUACUGAUAUAUUGCACUACUGCCAACCAAAGUGAAGAGUUAAUACUUAGUCAGGUGAGACAAGGUUUUAAUUGAUGGAUAUGACUUUAGAAUCAGUUUUAAGUUCAUUAGUAUACAAAUCUUUUAACAUACCCAUACACUGUAUACAUUUGCAAUACUCUCUACAUUUAAAAUUAAGCGAUUAUUGAAAACUUUUGAGACAUGACAGUGACCAUUAUUAACCCUUGAGGAAAUGUAACUCAUUGGUCAAAGGAAGCUGAACGGGAAAAGCACUAAUUGGUAUGGUGAAUUGAGUGAAUUUAAUUGUAGGUUAAUAUAUUGUUGUUGACAUGCUAAUACUAAUGCUGCUUAAUUUAUUUUAGUAGCAUGAUUGCUUGAUGUUAAAAACACUCCUAUUGCAUAUAUACUGUUAUGAAAUAUUGCUAUAACCCUAUAAAAAACAUUUAAUGCUAUUAACUGACAGGGGAUUAGUUUCAUACCAGCCGAAGCUGGUUAUGUUUUGGAUUUCUGUGCAAAUUACAACAGACUUUAGGUUGACUGGCUAAAGUGUGUGAAAACUGAAACUGAACCUAAUGCACCUCUCAAUCACUGUCAUUAAGCUUGUUACAGUAUUUUAAUUAAAAUACAACUAAACCUAUUUAAUGAUGGAACAAGAAAACUCAUGGUAACUGUUAGCAUGUUUUUAAGAUAAACUGUGUAAUUUUAGCAUCACUAGCAUAUACAAAUGAAAUAAUCACUGGUUUUUACUGUUACAAAUGUCAGUCAGACGUUGGAUCUUAAUCUCUAUUAACAGAAAAAGUAAUGUAUUUCUGAAGGAGUGCCUUUUAUCUGUUUAAUUUAUGUCUUCAAAUCGGAUGUUGAGUGUCUUUGAAUAUUUAGUUGGCAUAUCAGUUAGUUUCAUUUGCAUAUAUUAGGUGUCUUUUUAUUUAUCAGAUUACAGUGUUUUGUUCUGUUUGUCCGUGUGUGCGCUUGUUCAACUCAAAUCAAGAUGUUUUUGUUGUUGAAAAAAGCUAAAAUAUAGUCCCUCUAAAACAAUCCCAGUGUUUUCAGGACAGAGGAUGUGACAAAUAAAACUAAAAGAAUGAAA